GUUGCCUUACCUUAGUUUAGGUACGCUUCUUCGGCAACUCUUUUUAAGAAGCGUCUUGCCUGCUUGCUUGCUUUGCUCGCCCGCCUGUCCGCCCGCUGCCCGCCCGCUUUCCUGUUACUGGCGCCUCCACUCACUCCCUCCUCCCUCCUUUCCGAAACAAAAGCGCCUCGUUCCCUUUCCUGCUCCGUCCAACCUCUGACACUUUUCUUUCUCUCUUUUUCGGAUGCGAUCAUUCUGAUCUCUCAGAGAGAAAAACAAAAUUGGUUCUCAGCCCCACUUAACUCCGCUGUUACUUGGACCAGACAAACAAGCGAAACCGGCAUCGGCAGUAGGCGGACCUCGAUCAAACAAACAGACAGAGAGUUGUUCGUGGCACGACCGAACGGUACCGAAGGGGAAUCAGAUGAUCAUCAAAGUCGAAGGAAACCUUCAGAGAUUUAGAGAGAAAAACAAACAGAUUUGGAAUCGCAUGAUUUGUGAGGCAUAGUCCCAACGGGGAGAAGGCCACCAACAAGAACCAGCAAACCCACCGACCGCAGAAACGACGUUGAAAAGGGGAAAUAGGAGGCAGAACAACUCAUCUUGGUAGUUUUUGGAUCGGACUGGAGGCGGAGAGGGAGACGGAGCAUUAGACAGGACUGGCGACCUGUCUUCGGCUUCAAAGGACGAUCCCGAUAACAAAAAGGCUAAACUUGACUGUGGAUGAGCAACCUACAGAAGAAUCUCGGGUGGUUUCGCUCGGGAAUCUGGCCUUGUUUCUGCCCUAUCUUUUGACAUCUUCCUCUUGCUUCUUUUUUGUCAUUUUUGACUUGUUCUUUGAGUGCAGGGCGGGGUGGGAUCAAAGCAAGCAAGGCACAGCCGAUUUUUGGCCGACAUCCUACAGUGGCCUAAACCAGAACUAGUGUGCUGGAGGCCCGUACACAGACGGCUGUUCGCUGCGUUUGUUGGGCAGGUUGCAGCCAAACCCGAGGGACGGAACUCAAAACUAAACCAAACCAAACCUUUUGCCGCUGACUUGGGCGUCAGUUAGCCUUUCCUCUUCCCACGAUGGCUUCUUCACAGACCGACGACAUGCAAUGGGCACCGUCCCCUGUGCACCACUUCGAUCGGCUACCGUCGAUGGACGUGGAUUACGGCACGCACCGAAGCACUCACAUGCAGAGCGAUUCUAGUUUUGCUAGCACCGGCCUGCAACACCCACCGAUUUCCACAAACUCUUCUGGAAGUGGCGGCGGCGGCUGUCCCUAUGCACAAAACAGCUUACGAUUCCCCCGCUCCCAGGCCCCUCAUCUAAUCAGCAGCACCAGCAGCAGCAGCAGCAGCAGCAGCAGCAGUAGCAGCACCAGCAGCUCUGCCUCCGCCGCCGCCGCCGCCGCCGCCACAAACGCAAACCAAAGCCAGCAACAGAGUUCUAACCUGGAUUUUCUCUGCCGGCCCUCCUCGCUGUUCGUCGGUAGCAACGUCAGAAACUCGCCGCUACCGGACCCAUUGGGUUUGUCGUAUCGGGGACAUGUGCCUUCAAAUCUAGGCAACUCCUCCGCCAACAACAGUGCCUCCAACAAUUCCAGCAACAACAACGGUAACAAUACUCCGUACGAUCCAGUGCACCAUUCUUUGUCGUCUCCGUCCAGAUUGACACAACAACAACAACAACCACAACCGCCACCACCACCAACAACACAGCAGCAGCAGCACCCUCAACAACAAAACAACCAGCAUACGCACAAUCACCAUCCCCAUUACGACCGUCACCAAGUUGUCCUACCAAAUCAUCCAUCAACUUUCCCGUGGGGUCCACGAACCUCUCUACCUCCGCAUCCUCGAAGCGGUAGCAUGUCUGGGGUUUUCUGCCCCCCUCAACUGCCACCACCACCACCUUUGACAUCCGAUCCCUGGGCCUCAGGCAACUUGGGCCGAGGCAACUCACUUGGGCACCCAUACCAGCACAUGAUGCCUCAAGGAGCUCACUACAUGUCGACACCAAAUCAGCCGCAUUUUUGGCACCAGCAGGGUUCUCAAUCUCAGCGUGCCGUGCAUUUCAGUCCGCCGUCAACCUCAUCCAGAACAUCAUUGAGUUUGGCUUCUCUCCCACCUCUUGCACCUCGCAACAUGGCCUCCAAUUCCGCAGCCUCGAGCAGCACUGCCGCCGAUGCCGCCUCUACUGCACCACACAUGUAUGCCUCCCCCGUCUCGUCGCCGUCGUCAUCAAUCUCGAGCAUUGCUACCAGCCCACCAUCGAGAGACCAACGUGACAUAAGACACGUUCCGCGAGACCAAACACCGGACGCUCAAAGUAUGGCCCAACAGUCACAGUCUGCCGCUCGUGAAUCAACGGCAAAUGGUGCAGAAGCCCCAGCGGCUGCGGGUUCUCCCCAGAGAAGGCCUAGACCCGAGUCUGGCAUCUCCAACAGCAGUCCAGUUGACUCGUCCCAAGGUGCCCUGGCCGAAGACGAGGAGCACUUGGACAUGCCAAUGUCGGAUGAGGAUCAUGACUACAGUGAUGGUGAUUCAAACGACUCGCAUCUCCAGGAUAUGUACGUGCAACAGCUGGGCGCCACCGCUGCGAUGGCCCAGGCCAAUCGAGAGGCGGGCCGCAGAGAGGAGCUGGAAGCUCGUCGCGAGGAACGUAUUCGCCAGCAGCAGCUGUUCCGAGGAGCCAUGACCAACAAGCGGAUAGCUUCCAGGACGGCAAUUUCUUCCAUGGAGAGCGUUGAUAUCGCUAGCCUUCCCGAGCUGGAGCGCACUUGCGUCAUUUGCUACAACGACUUUGGUGUCCCAUCUCCCGAGGGCAUCAGCGAAGCUCCGUUGAGACUUCCCAAAUGCAAGCACGUCUUUGGAGAUCACUGUAUCAAGAAGUGGCUGCAGGAUUCAGACACUUGCCCGUACUGCAGGGAUAAGCUACCAUCGGAAUCUGUGGUUAGCGUCAACAACAGGUCACUCAACGCCUAUCUGGGUAUGAAUGGUGGUCCCCCUGAUCCAUCCUGGUUCCAGAGCGACCAUGACGCCGUGAACUUGACUCACGAUGCAUUCGUGAGGUUAUACGGCCGCCAGAUCGUCUCUAACAAUUCGUCAGCCGCUUCUAGAGCUGCAGCCAUCUCCAACAGGAGGCCACCACCACCUGAAGAGCAAGCCGAGCUUCGCCACCGACGCAGGUCUCGCUAUGCCGCUCCCAUCAACAAUAGAAGAGGGCAGGCCAUUUUGUCUGCUCACAUCGGCGAGCCGACCGCGAGCGGUACGCGCAACGAGAUACCGCGGUCGAAUUCUCUAUCUGGGGCUUCUGAUCCGUCGGCAUCCCAGCGUCCAAUGUCGGCUCUUCAUUCUAUGAACCACAUCCCUCAGGAGUGGCAAAGACUUCACUACAGCUCCGCCAGGUCUUCAUCCUCGAACACGGCGACAGGUGGCCAGAUGUCAACUUCGCAGCCCAACGAGGCAGGGGCUACUUCCAGCGAUGGGAACGCAAGCGGGUCUACCAGCGGCUUGGGUGCUCCUGAACCCACGUCAGAUGAGGCGUAUUUUGGAACUGGAGGCCCAUUUUCUCAGCAACUGCCUCAGCUGCCAAGGCUGGACAUCCGUGGGCUUGUUGGUUCAAGCUCUGUCAGCCCGGCCUACCAGUUUUGGGAUUUACAUGGGUCACGAUAGACGAAUGGUGAUUUACUGAUGGCUGGACCAAUAAGCAGCGCGCAGGGCAUAUUAUGACGACUCUGGAUGCAACGGGGCGAGGUGGUUUUUGGUGAUGCCAAGGGGAAUGAGCCAAAGCAUAUUUCAGCAAUUCAGGGUUUGGCUUUUUUUGCCAGCCCUUUUCCUUUUCCCUCUCGCCUUUCGGAGUUAACUUUGCAUUUUCCAGCACACCAAGGAGAUUAUUUGUCGGGUAUGGUGUUUACGGUUGACCGUCUUGGCAUCUUUCUUUGGCUUGGGCGUUUCACUUUUAUCGCAUAGACUUUUUUGACACGGAGGCCACAUGAUUUCUUUUUAGUUUAUUUCAUCUGUUUUACCCCUUCUUCUCUUCCUCUUUCUUACAGUUUCCCGACGAGAUUGUUACGCAUGUAUAGGGACUGGGGCUAGGUACUGCAUCAAGUCAAGGUUUUUAUGAGCUAUAUCAGUGCUGCAUCAUUUGGCUUUUUUUUUUCUUUUUUUUUUUCUCGGCGACCUUUACGCAUUUUUUUGGAUGCAUGACAAUCCACUAUUUGGCUGGCAAAUAUUCAGAGUUGGCCGGUCAUUAAUUAGUAGUAAUAUGAGUGCACACCCACGGGUCGAAUCCCUAUCCUGGGCAGACCGUUUUUCAUCUCA